AUGGCUUUCCGCGCCUUCCAGAAGGACCUUCCCGUCGCUUCGGAGGAGCCACCUGCUUUUCUUCCCUCCUCUUCCUCCGGCUCCGAGAUCCCGCCAUGCAACCGGUUUGGCUCGUCGGACCGGAGGACGAGAUUCAAGUUCACCGAUUUCCAGCUGGACGUCCUGGAAACAAGGUUCGGUGUACAACCGAACCCCACCUACUACCAGAGGAUGUUGCUGGCAUGCCUCACUGACAUCCCUGAGGAUCGCAUCCAGCUCUGGUUCCGGAACCGGCGGGCAAAGGCACGGAGGGCAAAUCGUGAAAAUUGCCCUCCAGAAAAUGUGUCCUCCAGGGCCGGCUUCACACCUGUUGCUCAGGUUCCAAAUGUUGGCAUGCCAGUGCCUUCCAUUCCUCAAAGCUGCAGUCUGCCGUGUCACCUGCCAAGAUAUUGUCAGACUCCAAGCUUUGGCCUGCAGCCACUUCACCAGGUCCAGCCUCCAAGCUUUGGCCUGCAGCCACCUCACCAGGUCCAGCCUCCAAGCUUUGGCCUGCAGCCACUUCACCAGGUCCAGCCUCCAAGCUUUGGCCUGCAGCCACUUCACCAGGUCCAGCCUCCAAGCUUUGGCCUGCAGCCACCUCACCAGGUCCAGCCUCCAAGCUUUGGCCUGCAGCCACUUCACCAGGUCCAGCCUCCAAGCUUUGGCCUGCAGCCACCUCACCAGGUCCAGCCUCCAAGCUUUGGCCUGCAGCCACCUCACCAGGUCCAGCCUCCAAGCUUUGGCCUGCAGCCACCUCACCAGGUCCAGCCUCCAAGCUUUGGCCUGCAGCCACCUCACCAGGUCCAGCCUCCAAGCUUUGGCCUGCAGCCACUUCACCAGGUCCAGCCUCCAAGCUUUGGCCUGCAGCCACCUCACCAGGUCCAGCCUCCAAGCUUUGGCCUGCAGCCACCUCACCAGGUCCAGCCUCCAAGCUUUGGCCUGCAGCCACCUCACCAGGUCCAGCCUCCAAGCUUUGGCCUGCAGCCACCUCACCAGGUCCAGCCUCCAAGCUUUGGCCUGCAGCCACCUCACCAGGUCCAGCCUCCAAGCUUUGGCCUGCAGCCACCUCACCAGGUCCAGCCUCCAAGCUUUGGCCUGCAGCCACCUCACCCGGUCCAGCCUCCAAGCUUUGGCCUGCAGCCACUUCACCAGGUCCAGCCUCCAAGCUUUGGCCUGCAGCCACUUCACCAGGUCCAGCCUCCAAGCUUUGGCCUGCAGCCACCUCACCAGGUCCAGCCUCCAAGCUUUGGCCUGCAGCCAUCUCACCAGUUCCAAGCAUGGACUCGGGGAAUCCCACAACAAGGGAUUCUGCAAGUCCCCAAACCAGAUCACCACCAGAGCACACUGCCGGUUGGCCUCACUAGCAGGAUUGCUUCCAGGUGCACAGAGGAAGUGUCUACAGACGGUCCUGGAGAGCCUCGUUCAAGUCUUUCAAGGGAGACUGGUCUGGUGCAGCUGGUGGAGAACCGAAGAGUGAAAGAGCGGAAGGCAAAUGCUCGGAAGAUCCCUCCAACGUGGAUCCCCUGGGCCAACUGCCUCCCUAGCAUCCAGGGUGCAACCUGA